AGAAUCUGCACCCCAGAAUCUGCAUCCCAAAAUCUGCACCAGAAUCUGCACCCCAAAACCUGCACCCCCAGAAUCCUUACCAGAAUCUGCACCCCAAAACCUGUACCCCCAAAAUCUGCAUCUCAAAACCUGCACCAGGAUCUGAACCCCCAGGAUCUGCACCAGAAUCUGCACCUCAAAAUCUGCACCCCUGAAUCUGCACCCCAAAAUUUGCACCAGAAUCUGCACCCCAAAAUCUGCACCCCUGAAUCUGCACCCCAAAAUUUGCACCAGAAUCUGCACCCCAAAAUCUUCACCUCCAGGAUCUGCACCCACAGAAUCUGCACCUGAAAAUCUUCACCUCAAAAUCUGCACCAGGAUCUGCACCUCAAAAUCUGAACCCCCAGGACCUGCACCCCCAAAAUCUGAACCCCCAGGAUCUGCACCCCAGAUCUGCACCCUGGGGACAAAUGUCAACAGCUCGGGAGCAGCCCAUUUUCAGCACCCGGGCUCACGUGUUCCAGAUCGACCCGGCCACCAAGCGCAGCUGGAUCCCGGCCAGCAAACACGCCCUGGGCGUCUCCUACUUCUACGAUGCCACGAGGGGCGUGUACAGGAUCAUCAGCGUGGGGGGAGCCAAGGCCAUCAUUAACAGCACCAUCACCCCCAACAUGACGUUCACCAAAACCUCGCAGAAGUUCGGGCAGUGGGCGGACAGCAGAGCCAACACGGUCUAUGGGCUGGGCUUCGCCUCCGAGCAGCACCUGGCGCAGUUUGCAGAGAAGUUCCAGGAGGUGAAGGAGGCCGCUCGCGUGGCCCGGGACAAGAGCCAGGACAAAACUGAGCUGAGCAACCCCGCAGUGAGCAUCACGGGCCAGCAGGCCCUGCCCAGCCCCCUGCUGGGCUCCAACGGGCCCGAGGAGCGCCUGUUCCGCAGCCAGAGCGCCGACGUGGAGAGCAGCAGCGACAAGGAGCGCCUCAAGAAGAUGCUGUCCGAGGGCUCUGUCACCGAGGUGCAUUGGGAAGCAGAGUUUUUCAGCCUCCAGGACAGCAACACUCGCCUGGCGGCCGCGCUGCACGAGGCCAACGCCAGCGUGGAGCAGUGGAAGAAGCAGCUGGCGGCGUACCAGGAGGAGACAGAGUCCCUGAGGCACAGGGUGGCAGAGCUGGAGUCCCAGGGCACCCAGGAUUCCUCCAGUGACAACAACAAGGAGGAGCUGAGCCAAAGCCUGGAGGAGCUGGAGCUGCUGCUCAAGGCCAAGGACGAGGAGCUGCAGCUGCUCAAGGGUCAGAGGUGCGGCCGCUGGGAGGCCGAGGGCGAGCGCGAGGAGACGCUGCAGAGGCUGCAGGUGAGGGCUGAGGGGACACCUGGGGACACCUGGGGACAUUGGGGUGGAAUUUGGGGUGUGCUGGCACCUCCCAGCCUCGGCAUUCCUGAGUUCCUGCUGCUGGUGGGCAGGGAGCAGAGCUGGGCUGGAGCAGGAGGAGCCUCUGGGGAGAUAAAACCGAGCUCAGCUCAGAGCUCUGCAGGGAUCCCACGGCAGGAGCAGCUCUGGGCCAGGCCAGAACCAGUCUGGGGUGAUCCAGAACCAGUCCCACCAGUCUGGGGUGAUCCAGAACCAGUGCCACCAGUCUGGGGUGAUCCAGAACCAGUCCCACCAGUCUGGGCCAGUCCAGAGCCAGUCCCACCAGUCUGGAGAGGGUCCAGAACCAGUCCCACCAGUCUGGGCCAGUCCAGAACCAGUCCCACCAGUCUGGGGUGAUCCAGAACCAGUCCCACCAGUCUGGGAUGAUCCAGAACCAGUCCCACCAGUCUGGGGUGAUCCAGAACCAGUCCCAGCAGUCUGGGGUGAUCCAGAACCAGUCCCACCAGUCUGGGGUGAUCCAGAACCAGUCCCAGCAGUCUGGGGUGAUCCAGAACCAGUCCCACCAGUCUGGGGUGAUCCAGAACCAGUCCCACCAGUCUGGGGUGAUCCAGAACCAAUCCCACCAGUCUGGGGUGAUCCAGAACCAAUCCCACCAGGCUGGGGUGAUCCAGAACCAGUCCCAGCAGCCCAGAAGGAUCUAGAACAGCUCCAAUCCCCGUGGGCAGCGCUGCCAUUGCCACCCCCACAGCACAGGGCUGGGUUGGGGACAGAGCUGGCACUGAAGGACACAGGGUGGGGACACCCCUGAGGGGACAGCAGGGGGGCUCUGGGCAGUCUGUCUGUCCUGGGGACAGUGUGGGGGCCGUCUGUCUGUCCUGGGGGUUGGCUCUGAUCCGUCCGUCUGUCCUGGGGGGCUCUGGGCAGUCCAUCUGUCCUGGGAGGGGCUCUGAGCUGGCUGUUUGUCCUGGGAGGGGGGCUGUGAGCCGUCCAUGUGUCCUGGGGGGGCUCUGAGCAGUCUGUCUGUCCUGGGGACAGUAUGGAGGCAGUCUGUCUGUCCUGGGGCUGGCUGUGAUCUGUCCAUGUGUCCUGGGGGGGCUCUGAGCAGUCUGUCUGUCCUGGGGACAGUAUGGAGGCAUUCUGUCUGUCCUGGGGCAGUCUGUCUGUCCUGGGGCUGGCUGUGAUCUGUCCAUGUGUCCUGGGGGUGGCUCAGGGCAGUCUGUCUGUCCUGUGGCUCUGACUCGUCCGUGUGUCCUGGGGGCAGUGUGAGGGCAGUCUGUCUGUCCUGGGGCUCUGAUCCGACCGCGUGUCCUGGGACUGGCUCUGAUCCAUCAGUCUGUCCUGUGGCUCUGAUGUGUCUGUCUGUCUGUCAGUGCUGUGGCUCUCACCCGUCCGUGUGCCCGUCCCCAGGAGCUGGAGGCGCGGAACGCGGAGCUGCAGCAGCGCCUGGGGCUGGCUCUGAUCUGUCUGUCUGUCCUGGGGGCAGUGUGUGGGCAGUCUGU